AUGCCUGCGGUAACACGUCGGCGAACUGGCAACUUGCCACCUCCUCGUAAUCCUGUCGGCUCUACUGACAAUGAUGAUGAAGCUGAUGGCGACCUGAAUAAUUUAGAGGGGCCACAGGUCUUCACUGGCAAGAGAGCGCGGGCUAGCACCAAAGCCAAAGCGUCCAAGGACAGUGAGGGUUUUGUAGACGACUCAGAUGAAGAAGGAGAAUACGGUGAAGAACAAGAUGAUGAGGACGAUUAUGCUGCUUCUGGCAAACGUCCCGCGAAGCGUCAUAAAGUGGAGCCUUCUUCAAAGAGCAAGGCCACCCGCAAGAGAAAGGAUACAGCGGUGAAGCCAGCUACGAAUGGUACGAAGACGAAGCUUCGUGGUAAUAGAGGGAAACUGCAGAAUAUGCUGACCAUGCCCCUGGACAUCUUCUACGAGGUCUGCAUGCUCUUGUCGCCAGCUGAUCUCCUCAGUCUCGCUCGAACGAGCAAAGGCCUGCGUGAGAUCCUGAUGUCUCGUAGCAGUAUCAGCGUGUGGAGAUUUGCAAGGCGAUCUCUACAUCAAGCGAACCUUCAUUGGGAUCUUCCAAUCGAGUUCUCAGAACCAGAAUGGGCAGCUUUAGCUUUUGUACGGGCUUGCACCGAAUGCAACACCAAAAACGCUCACAGUGUUGAAUGGUGCUUCAAACGCCGUCUUUGCAUAGCCUGCAAGAAAUCGAACUACGUUUUUGAAGGCCGUUUCAAGGAAGAGUAUCCGGACACAGACCCUGACGUUCUGAAGCUGCUCUCUUACACUCACAUUGGAAUAUCGGGACGAGGACACCCCCCGAACAAGAAAAGGUAUUUUUGGAGAAGCGAUCUCGAGAGCAUGGUGGAACACCGCGAAAAACUUCUCAAAGAUGUUAACAUGUGGAAAGUCGGCGCGAUGGCUGCGUUAACUAAAUUGGACACAGAAGCGGCCGAGGCGACUUUGCUCUUCAUGAAGGGUUGCAAAGACUUGGACCAAUGGUAUUCUGACUUCGAGACCUACCGGAUUAAUGAAGUGUAUGAAGCUAAAAAUGCUCGAUUCAAAGCGAUCCAGACGCGCCUCCUCGCUUUAGGUUACGACAGAGAGGAUGUCGAUUCCUAUGGGUUUGAAGAGCUCGGCGCAGUUGAUUCGACUAAGCCACUCACAGAGCGCGGCUGGAAACAGAUCAGACCCGGACUAGAAGAUUAUUGUCAGAAACGGCGAGAUGCACGCUUGGACGCCAGGUUCAGUCAUACGCGCUUCAUUCGCAUCAAAAAGGCCAUAUGUCUCUAUGCUGACUAUCGCAGUCGUAUCCUUCCAUCAGAGUGGCUCUACCUGCCCACUCCGGAACAAGCCUGUCGUCUUCCUUGGUGCGCAGAGAUCAUCGAACAAAACUUAGAAACUGAGCUCCUGGACGCCGAUUUUGACCUUCCGCUGACGAACCUUCCGUCCUCCGUCGAAGCAUGGAUUCGAGAGAAGAGGGAUGCCCAUAUCGCCCUGUUGCCAGAGGAAUAUCGCGACGCUUUGCCCCCCACUGCUUCCAUGAUCCCCACAACCCUCACCUCUUCCUCCGUCGAUGACGUUCGUCAAGGUCGAUCUAACGGCGAGCUGCGUCCUUUCCUGGGGCCAUUGGAGCUUGCCCUGGCUAUCUUCCAAAUCCAUAAGGUCUUGGUGGCGAGAGAUAUGUGUAAUGCGUGGAAGGGCCCCUUGCCCCUCGAGUUUUCAUCUCUUGGAUCAGGAGCCGUGCUGCAGAUGCUGGAACUGGCUGGAUUAGACCCGAAGACGACGACUGCAGUCGAUUUCGAUGCAGUCAACCAUAGAUUCUUUUGUCUCAGCUGUUGCGGCGCGGGCGAUACGAAAGCAGAGACCUGGAGGUCCGCGGUCGGACACCAACUGAGAGCCCCAAAGUCUACGCAUGCAGUUCCCGCAUGGAAGCUGGUCCCGCCCACGGAAGCCAUUGGGAUCAAGGAACGGGAAGGAUCGAUCGCAAACGCACCCCACGCUAAUGAGUGUUACUGGCACUGCCAGCACUGUGUAUUGCGCAAACCGAUCUUGUAUCGUCACUCGCCUGGGGAAUUGAACAUACAAGAAUAUAUCAACACAUCGUGGAAUAGACAGAGCGCCGUGGAGCAUGUUAGAUCUGAGCAUGGUAUUCCUGAUCCUUCGCAGAAUGACGUAGUCUACAUGCCAUACUGUGGGACAGUAGAGCCUGGGAUACCCACAGUUUCGUAUAUCCCGGAGUCGGAUGCUGCUGCCAAGGCUUGA